AUGGAAAGUCACAAGUAUUUGCACGAUUCACCCAGUGGGUAAAAUAAUCUUGCUGAUUAUGAACCACCUGAAGGCUUUCAAAAGGCUGUGGAGGUUAAAGAGAAAUUUGAUGACGUUUUAGACAACCUCAAUCUGAUAGUGAAUGGAGUGAUCUCAAGAGAUAAUAUGAUGCUAAAGUAUAAAUUCAACCCAAAACUGGAUAACGCAAAACGUAAAGUCAUACAACUUGAAAAUAAGAUAAAGGAUAUGAAGAAUGCUUAUACUUCUCACUAAGAGCUUACCACUAUUAUUAAUGAACUCCGAGACUAUGAGAAGGUAGCAAACACUUUAAGAAAUAAAUUGGACUUCCUUGAAAGCUAGCUAAAUCGUGAAAAAGCAUUGUGUGAAAGACUGUAAAAACAUAAUGAAGGUAGAAGAGAUGAGUUAAACGUACUUAACAAAGAUAACCUGAAAAUUUCUUAUGAAAUUGAAGAGAUAAUGGAUUAAAUUAAGGAACUCAAGAAUCCUUAGAGCUUUUUCUUGACUAAUAAUGAGUCCAAGUAUUUGAAUGGAAAUAACUAAAAGAAUGGAUAAGACUUGUCAGUUGCUGAGAAAUCACUGAUAUCUAACAUUAAAAGAGGUCUAAACAUCCCAGACAAAAGAAAUGAUCAAAAUGUGUCACAAAUUGGAGCUAAUGCAUAAUCUGCUUAUACCAUUUCUAAUCUUAAGCACCCGCAAGUAGAUAUGACUAAACUUUCUGCUGAUUAAUAAGAUGAGGUUAGCUAUUAUAUUUCACAGAUUGCUAGACUAGAUAAAGAGCAUAGAUAUCUCAAGACUACUUCCAUUAAGACUGUUUCAAAAUAAUUUGAUAAGCAGCGAAGAGCAGUUGAAUUGGAGGAAUUCUUCAGAGAAUGCAUCAGAGCCUGUGAGAAAGACAUUCUGAAAUCACAUGAGAUCUCUUAGCUUAACAAGGACGACAAAGCUAGUUCAAGCUUUUUCUUUGAAUUGAAAAGAAAGAAGUUCCAAAGUGACAGCAAUAAGCUCAUUAAUGGUCCAUAAUAAUUAAGUGAUAUAAAAGAUAGCUAUCCAAUGACUGUGCUUGAUAGGCAUACUAAAAAUGUAAUUUACAAGACUAUUAAGCAAAUUAUCAAUACUGCAAAGGAAGAAAAGAAGAAAGCGCAUAUUAUGAGCGUGAAACUAGACUGGGAAGAGUUUAGAUAAUAUACUCCCAUGCAAAUCAUUAGUUUACUCCUGAUUAGAGAUGAUGCUCUGUCUAAGAUGCAAGAUUUGCUCUUUCCCUCUGUAGCUAAAAGUAAGGGAAGGCUACUGACACAAGGAAAUAUGCUACUUUCUUCCUCUUCAUAGAAAUAACUUAAAAAGGGGUUGUGA